AGGUGCGGGUGCUUCGCGGGGAACAAGGACAGGUUCAUUCUCGCCACGUGUGCUUCAGCGUCGCUGAGCAAAGGGGCUCAAGGUCCAACACGUCAAGCGGCCAGCAACAACCAGCACUCUCUCGCCCUGCCGUCCCUGCGUGUUCGAGACCUCGCGUGGAGCCGAGCCCCGCACUGAUCCGAGGCGAAUGGAGGCGACGCCACGGGGCUCCAUCGCGCUCUGGUCGCGCCGGGAGAAAGCCAGGGUGGUCCUCAUGUCCGUGCUGCUGGUGCCCGCGCGGCUGCUGCUCUUCGCCUGCGUUGCGAGCGCCGCCUGGGCGCUCGCCCUCGUCGCCAGCGUCGGCACGCAGCUGUCCCGGCCCCCCUCGCUCACUCUGGCGGAGCGGCUGCUGCGGCGGCUGUUGCGCUGGCUGUGGCUGCUGUGCGGCUUUGAGCUCCGGGAGGAGGGGGGGCCCCCCGCGACCCCCCUAGAGGCCCCCCUUCUCCUCGUCGCCCCCCACACCUCGCACUUCGACGUCAUCCCCGUCGCGAUCCACCUCGCGGCCCUCCUCAGUGACGCGGACGCGGCGCCGGGGCUGCCCCUCGUGGGAGCCGUGCUGGGCGCCCUGCAGGCGGUGCGCGUGGGAGGCGAGGAGGGGGCGGUGCGCGCCGAGAGGGCGGCGGAGGAGACGAGGCGCCGGGUGGAGAGGGCAGCCAAGGGAGCGCUCCCACAGAGGCACGUGGCGGUGUUCCUGGAGGAGACGGAGCCGGGGAAGGGAGCCGGCAGCGCUUGUGAGAGAGGCGCCUUGUCCGUGGGGGUGGCGGCUCAAGUGGUGCUCAUCAAGUACGAGACGGAAGUCGUCUCGUGGGCCGUGCACGGACCAUCCCCGAUCAAGGUGUUGUGGCUGACCAUGUGCCGGCCGCGACGCCGCGUGCUCAUCCAGUACCUGCCAGUGUACUCGCCCAGCGAGGAGGAGCGGAAGGACCCGGACCUGUACGCGAACAACCUGCGCGCCCAGGUGCACAGGGCCCUGCAGGAGACUGCGCCCCCCACGGGAGAUGGGUCCCGGACCCCUGUGAGGAGCACGUGGAGAGGGGGCCCGGGAGGCGCCCCCCAGAGGGAGCAUCUCCUGGAGCUGCUGCAGAGCCUCAAACUGCUGGUGGACCGCGCCAUCCCCGAGCUCGAGGCGAUCUCUGAGCGCGUCCGCGCCCUGGGGGCCACGCGCGUGACUCCACGUGACCUGGCCGCGUGCCUCGCGCGGCCCGAGGGCCCCCACAUGCGCGUGCUGCACGCCGCCUUCGACCCGGGGGCGCGAGGCCACGUGGACGCCCGGGAGGUGCUCGUGGGCCUGGUGCGCGCCGUGUGGCCCGCCCAGCACCUCGAAACCCUGGACCUCGCCUUCCAGGUGUACGACCCUCGGGGUCAGGGAGAGGUCACGCAGGAAGAGGUGCUGGGGGCCCUGCGCGCCACCCUGGGGCCUGACCUGCCCUUUGACCCCAUCGCCCUCUUCCGAGCCGCUGACCCCCACCACACGGGGGCCGUCACAUACGCCGCGUUCAUGGAGGUCGCCCAGCGCUGCCCGGAAUUCCGAGUCACGUGUGGUGGCGAGGGGGCCACGGGGGAACCGGAUCGCGUGAGGAAGGGCCCGGAGGGGCCCUCCCGCCCACAGAGGCCCCCAUCGGACGCGUACGCCUACGCGGACUUCACGCAGAGCCGGAGUGGGGAGCCUGGGGGCCGCCUGAAGACGGAAUGACGCGGAGUGGCAUAGACUGCCAAGGGUUUAAAGUUUGAAAGUUUUUUUUCUGGGGAAGAGCUCUGCCCAUAUUUGAGUUGGCAGGGUGGUGUAGUGGAACCACGUGUGCCGCACUGAAGCAACGUUCUGGGUUCCGAAUCGGGAAGCUGUUGUGCGUGUAGCAUGUUCUCUUCCUGCAUGGGUUUCCUCCGGGCUCUCUUGGCUUCCAACCAUUGGCUAACAAAACCACACAGUGUAACUGGCAUCGGUCAAAACAUCCCAAUGCUGAAAAUUUCACUUGCUAAUCACUCAAUUUGUGAUGCCGUUCCUUUCGUGGCGAUGGCAGUGUGUUAGUUCUUGAGGGUCCUUCAAAGUCGAGGCGGUUCACUCGAAGACCUCGUCCCAUCGGUGACUGCCCUGACAAGGGCCCCAUUGCUUCCAGCAGUCGGAUUCUCCUGCCCCACGGCUGGAUUCGAAUUCACGGCGUCCGUUUCACGGCGUCCGUUGCGUUGAGCGGUGGCGCGAAGGACACGUGACGAUAGGUGGGGGAG